AUGAAGACUACAGUCACUGUGCUUCUGUUUUUUAGUCUUUCUGGAUUGAACACCAGUGUCUUUAGAAAACACUAUUAUGUGAAACAGAGUAUGGCCUGGAAUGAUGCACAGACAUACUGCAGAGUGCACUAUGAUGAUCUGUCCACUGUCAGCAGUCAAGAUCUAGAACAAUUCUCAGAGAAUACAGAAAUCAUAUAUGAUUAUUAUUGGAUUGGACUUCAGAGAGAUGCUAUCUUCCUGGGGCAGUGGAAGUGGUCUGCAGGAGGUGUGGCAACAAUUAACGAAUGGUUCACUGGAGAACCAAGUAGUUUAUCUGAAAAAUAUGUUUCUGUACAUAAAAACCUUUCUAAAAUGUUUGAUAGUUCUUGCUCUGAGUCCAAAUCGUUUUAUUGUAUGGAGGUAUAUGAGCUGAUUCUGAUGCAGCAGAAUAAGACAUGGGAAGAGGCCCUGGACUACUGCAGACAACACUACACUGAUCUGGCCAGUCUAAACUCAGAUGGGAUUAUGGAAAAGGCAAUGACUCUUAACACAGCAGCUCAGACAGAUGACGUGUGGACUGGUCUGCGCUUUUUAGCUGGCCGUUGGUUCUGGGUAAAAGGAGAUGAUCUUCAAUAUAAAGCCUGGUCUGUGGAGGGAGAGCCCCAGUGUCCUGCUAUGAAUCAGCACUGUGGAGCUCUGAAGAGAAACGAGAAAGUCUGUAAUCCCAAAAACUGUGAGGAGAGACUCAACUUUCUCUGUGCAUAG